GAAAACUGCUCUCGUUAAAUGUUAAGAGAUUUAGGUCGUGUCAUCUUUAUUUACAAAGUGUGUAUUUAAUACGCAGCUAAAGACAUAACAACAGUUUAACCAAAAUGUAGAAUCCCCUACGCCGAUGAUAGACACUGAGGCAGGCUUUUCAUUGAAACUGGUGCCGAUGUGCAUUGUGGGGCUGUCGGGGAAUUGUCUGGCACUGAGAUGAAAAUGGCGGAGGGCUGUAUUGUUGGAGGAGGAAGUGUUAUAGGUACAAAUAUCGAGAAAAACAAACACAAUACAGAUCUAUUGUUACACCCCGAGCUGCUUUCCCGGGAUUUUAUUCUGCUUACAUUACUGGAGAAAAAGAUUCCUGUUGACAAUGAGAAGUAUGCAGACAAAGAUAGACUCACAGACCUGUACCUUCAGCACAUCAUUCCCUUGCCUCAGAGAGACCUGCCAAACAGCCGAUGGGGAAAACGGAUGGAAAAAAAGAGAGCAUCCCAAUCUGCAGCUAAUGCACAAAGACUUAGUUCUACUGCUGAUGGUUCAAGAAAAAGACCAAUAUUUUUUGAUGGCAGCUCAACAAGUACCAGCAUAAAACUGAAAAAGAUCGAGGCAGGAGCCACAGAUCGCUUAAAGCCCCCUCCAUCUGGGAACCUAGCCAACACCAUCCGCAGACAGUCAAACACUUCCACCAACUGCUCCUCUGAUGGUUCCCUGAGCAGUCCUGCCAAUAACUCCAUUGAGCACCUUCCUGAGAGGGUGGUCAAACACGACAGAGCCACUACCAGUUACCAGAACCCGAAUGGGAAUGUCAAAUCGACACCCGCCACAGUGACAGAGGCAUCUACAGGAGGAACAGCAAGUAUGAAAUUAAAAAGAGCGGCGCCAAAAGGAGACCCUGAAGUGGCGGGAGAAUUUAAAUCAUCAGAGACUAAGAAGAAAAUUCAGCAUGUUACCUGGCCGUGAAUUUGUUGCAGACAGUGAUCUAUCUUCUAAAGUAACAUCUACAACUCUGCCUUAGCAGCCCCUGUCUACCUGGAGUAGUGGAGAUCAAUGAAUUUAGCAGGCUUUGGAUGUAAUGUCUACAAGGACUAAGUGAUACAGAAUACUACCUUCAAGAGAUUGAAAAUGCUGGACUGGAUAUUAAAGAAUUGCUUUCUCUAUUUUUUUAAUGUCUUUACAUUUAAUUGGUCUAAUAACCAGAUUGCAUAUUGUUGUUUUUUUUUGUUUGUUUUUUUAGACCUUUUCAAUGAGAUUUCAAACAGUAAAAUUCCUUGUCUUUUGGCUUAGAACAAACUACAGUAGAACCUGCCGUGUCCAAUUUAAUUGGUUCCAGGGGUCCAUCAGAUAUGUGAAAAUAUCAUAUCUCAGAGGGUGGUGUUAUACUACAUUGUAGUUGCUUUAUUAACGUCAGGGCAUUAAAAUUAACACAUUUGGGUACAGCAGUGUGUCUAAAACAACAAAAGUACAGUACUGCAGAUGUACUAUACAAAGAAAACCAGUAGAAAUUACUGCAAGUAAAGUGCAGUAUUAAAAAUAAAGUACUGUAAUACAGUAUCUGGCAAUUUGCAAAACAGCGUUUCAAAAACAUUUUUGCACUGAAAGUGUGUGUUAACCUGAGACAGAAAUGGAGUUUAAAAAACACCCACACAAACACAAACUGCUUUGGAAGAUCAGUGAUGUUGUGAAAAAAUAUUGUUUCAGUUUUUUGUUAAUGGUACAGUAGUUAUAUUAAUCCAUCGAUUUUCUUGUUGUUUUAAGUGAACUUAGUGACACCUAACAGCAUGCAAGAGUUUCCCAAAUGCAAUGUCUUUUUCCACUGCCUCUGGCUCUGCAGCAAUACCCCCCUCGCUCCUGGCUUUUAUAUGCAACUGAAUUCCUUCUGUCCUGCUAAGAGCUGAUUUACUAUAUUAGAUAUAUAAUAAAAUGUGCAUUGCUCAGUUUCCGUCAGUACCAUUCAGUCGGUAGCAGCAUGUGUAAAUGACACAUACAAGAGAUCCAUUAGUUAAUAGUGGGAAUCGUAUCUUACAGGAUCAGUUAUUCUACUGUACCUGAUGUAUUUAUUUAAAUAAACCCUGUCUGAAAGUAGCUGAAAUAUUUGGUUAUUAAUAGCUGCCUUUUGAAAGUUUUAUAUUUUAUGUUUUAAUAAAGCUCACCUGAUAUUUUUCAACAGCAUGGAGUGUGUUUUAGUAUUGGUAGAAUUGUGUUUUAUCAAUUAUUUAAUUACAUAUAAUGAAUAAAUUGAAGCAUACUAUAAAAUACCAGGUUAAAGGCACUCUACUUAAAGUUUCCUCUUUCCUUUUUAUAUUGAAAAAAGAAAAUCUGGAUUAUAACUGCAGGUCACCCUAAAUGCAUGUUUUACAUUAUACAGCAAGGGCUUGAGACAGUUAAAGCUCAACCACCUUGAGAAAACAAUGUCUGAAAGAUUUCUGUCAAAUCAUGGUGGGGUCAUAACGAAUCUUCAGCUAUGGCCAAAAGGUUUGCAUCACCCAUUAGAAUGAACUAAUUUUGUUUCAUAGUCGAAUGAAGCCUGCUGAAUAAUGUCAAACCCCUUUGUCAUUUUUGUAAUUUUCCAUAUACUUUUGUGACAUUUUGAAAUCUAACAUGAAAUACUGUACUAUUCUAGCUUCCGGUAGACUUGCGACAUCAUUUUGUAGUUUCUUUGAUUACAUGAUAAGUAAAAGAUCUAAAUUAUGUUCAUAUAUAUAUAUAUUAUGUCUCAAUUCUAAAAUUCUAGGUGAUGCUAAACUUUUGGCCAUCGCUGUAGUUUGACAAAAUAGUUUUUGCACCUGAAUAGAACUAUUUUUUUUGUAUUUAUUUUAGGAAUUCAAGUGAAACAUCACAAGAAAACAGUGCUAAAAAUUAAAAACGUUAAUUUUCAGUUGUGUGGCAUUUACCUAAAUGGCCUGGCUGAUACUUUCUAGUUUUUAUUUUUUGUAAAAAAGUGAAAUAUAGUACACUCUUUAUAUUUAGUACAGAGGAAGGGGCAUCAAACCCACCACACAGUUGUUUUAAGAUUGUAAUCAUGUACAUUACUUUUUUACUAUCAUACUUUGGAAUUUUUUUUAUUUUUUAUUAUGGGUAACAGGUAGGUUGAAGUAAUUUUCUUGAUGGAUUGUGUGACCUGUCUAUAAAAUAAAACACUUUUUGAAUCCA